AUGGCUUACAAUGACGAUUCUGUGUUGGCGCGGCUCUCUUCUUUGAAUGAGAGCCACGACAGCAUUGCCACUGCAGCUCAAUGGAUCAUGUUCCAUAGGAGACACGCGGACCGCACAGUGCAGCUGUGGAUGCAGCGCCUCAAAGACUCAUCUAGCACCAAGCGCCUGAGCCUUGUGUAUCUCGCAAACGAGGUCGUCCAGCAGUCGAGAAUACGGCACAAAGAGGACUUUGUCAUUGCGUUCUCGCCUGUCGUUGCCGAAGCCACCUCUAUCGCCUACAAGGGUGCUCCCGCCGAGAUACAGGCCAAACUCAGGCGCGUGAUUGACGUCUGGAAGGACCGGACUAUUUUCGAAGCACCUAUCCAGGCCGCAAUCGAAUCCAGGCUCGAUGACCUUGACAAAUCGCGUGGUGCCGCGAAGCCAGGAUUUUCAGGUUCGCCCUUUGGGGGAGGCUCGUCUAUCCCGAGCGAGUUCGCACCUCUCGUGUCUGCUCAUCAGAAGGUAGCCAAGCUUGGCGGUCCGCUGAAAGGGACGACUGCUGCCGCAAAGCAAGAGUAUGACAAGCAGACAGACCCCAACACGGCUGUCCCCUCCGCCCCGGUGUACGCGGCUCGACUGAACGGUCUCCUCAAGACACUCGCGAAUGCCGAGAGUGCGGUGGCUGAAUGUGUCAAGGCCCGCGAGGGACUCGUCUCUGGCCUGGAGAAGCUGUUGGAAACCAACAGAGCGGCUCUGGAGAGCGACAAGUCUACGGCCCAAGAAUUCAAGCAGCGCAAGGCAGAGAUUGAGGAAAAGAAGCAGCAGGUUGAAGUGGCCAUUAUGCGCGCGCUGGGACCGGCAGAGGGCAACGGCUCCCCCAAGGAGGGUGGCUUUACAAGCCCGCCACCAGAGCCGGACCGACCAGAGAUGGAGGCCUUGACACCGCCCUCAGUGGAUGAAGAGUCUGCGGAAAACGCAGAGCCAUCUGCUGGAGAAGACGGCUCGUCUGCGCCGGCGGCAGUGGCUGGGUCGGAGGGCGCAGCCGUGGACACAACCCCGUCGUAUCACUCGAUUCCCGUGUCGACUAACGGAUCCAACAAGAGGCGACGAGUGGAUGAUUCCGGAGAGUUCCCCGACCUCGGUGGCGACGAUGAGAUCGAUCCUGAUGUCGCUGCGAUGCUAAAGGACUAG